AUGGGCAAAAGAGAUAAGACACUAUCGCUUCUGAGCCUAUUCAGCAGCCCAGAUAAACCCAAAACCGGUGUGGCACAGGUGGCCAGGGGAACGUCGUACGUGCAAGUGAGGCCUCCUCGAGCAAUGAGACUGGUCAAUCCAUUCACAGCUUCGAUGAACUCCCUUGUAUCGUCCCAUGCUGAGGUCAGUGUGGAUGAAUUCGCCGAUACAGAUUCUUCUGGCCAUUCCAGGGAAGAAAUCGUGGAGGCAGAGACAAUUUACUCAAUCAUCUCAGGAUACGAGGAAAACGACCAAAGAGAGUCGAAUGCCGUUUUCAUGGAAGAUUUCAGCGGCCACAGCCAUGACCAGUCUGGCUCUGGAGGACCUUCCGGCAGCAGUUCAGGUAACACUGGCUCUGCAGAGGCUGUCCGGCCAAAGUCGGAAGACAUUCUUGAGAAAAAUACUACUUUUGAUUCUACAAGAGACUCAGGCUCGUACCACCCCUCGGUGUCGAGCAACGAGCUUCUAGGAAACCUCCGUAGUGUGGAAAUUGGCAGCGGUAGCAACGCAGACUCCAGCAAGGCCAGAAGCAGCGGGUCUAGUAACUCGCGUGCUGGCUCAAGAUCUAGCUUUAUGUCUCGAGGAAGUUUUGGUGUGAAAUCUCGUGAUUCAAGAGGAAUCACUAACCUCACUGCUGGUGUCGACUCGUCGUCGGGUUUGCCUGUUACUUUGUACACUGUUCAAGACGCUGAACACAAGCCCAACCGCUGGUCGCUAUUUGGAGGUAAUAAGGCGCCCAAAAGAGAUGUACCUCCUGUGCCUGGAGAAAAAGACUCGAGUUCCAAUGGUUCUGACAGAGCCGCUUCAUCGCCUCAAAAAUUGGAGCGUGUUCACUAUGGCUCAUUUUCGGGUAUCUCUGGCGACCAUCCUCACUACAGUGUGGCCACUGUUUCUACGAGAGUGCUAGGGUCAAAAGGCGACGAAAGCAGCCACCAUUCUGUUUUCGGCGACGAGAACCGCCACGAAAACAGCUCAGGAUUUUAUUCGGCGCCUGUGCUGCCUCAAUCCUCCAAGACAAGAGACUCUGAGGAGAGAAGAAAUCUCCACAACCACAUGUAUGAAGAUUCAGAUGAUCUGAUACACAACGCCGAUUUGGAAAAAGGUAAUCCCUUUGUUCAAAUUGACGAGGCCAAAAUCGCCCAGCCGUGGUCUAAAUGGCUCUUUCUUAUGGUUAUGGGUUUGGUUGCAGUUCCCAUAUACUUUAUGCUAGCCUUUGGUUUUUUCGAUAACGGCGGUCACCGCAAACACUUCUCCCGUGGGUCCUCUGGGCCUCCUGCCAACAGUCGCUAUUUUGCGUGCUACACAUAUCUACAAAAGCUUCUAAGUUUUGUCCUUGGUCUAGUGUGGAUGGCUCUUGUUUAUGCUGCCAUAGCAAUAGCGUUUGGGCUCCGAGCAAGGUUUCAUUGA